AUGGGGCUGUCGGAAGCGCCGGGACAGAGGGACACGCAGGCACUGCUGUCCACGACGGAGGCCAUGGAGCUGAGGCGGCGAGACUACCAUGUGGAGCGGCCCCUGCUGAACCAAAAACAGCUGGAGGAGCUGGGGAGCCGGAGGCCAGCACCAGUGACGCUCAAGUGGCGAACCUGGUUUCGGUGCUCCCGCGCGCGGGCCCAAGCCCUUCUGCUUCAAUACCUCCCGGUUUUGGCCUGGCUCCCCCAGUAUUCUGUGCGUGACUGGCUUCUGGGUGACUUGUUGUCUGGCCUGAGUGUGGCCAUUAUGCAGCUACCACAGGGCCUAGCCUAUGCCCUCCUGGCUGGACUGCCCCCUGUGUUUGGCCUGUACAGCUCCUUCUAUCCUGUCUUUGUUUAUUUCCUGUUCGGCACUUCCCGGCACAUCUCUGUGGGUACCUUUGCCGUCAUGUCCGUGAUGGUGGGCAGUGUGAUGGAAUCGCUGGCUCCGGACAAUGCCUUCAUGCUGGGCUUGAACUCCACACUCGAUGUGGCAGCCAGAGACGCUACCCGGGUGCAGCUGGCCUCCACUCUCAGUGUCCUUGUUGGCCUCUUCCAGGUGGGGCUGGGCAUGGUCCACUUCGGCUUCGUGGUCACCUACCUAUCAGAGCCUCUGGUCCGAGCCUACACCACGGCCGCGUCUGUGCACGUCUUUGUCUCGCAACUCAAGUAUGUGUUUGGCCUUCAUCUGAGUAGCCGCUCUGGACCGCUGUCCCUCAUCUAUACAGCACUGGAGGUCUGCUGGAAGCUGCCGCAGACGGUGGUCGGUACCGUGGUCACUGCCAUAGUGGCCGGAGUGGUGCUUGUGCUGGUGAAGCUGUUGAAUGAAAAGUUGCGACGACAUCUGCCCAUGCCACUCCCCGGGGAGCUGCUCACGCUCAUCGUGGCCACAGGCAUUUCCUACGGCGCGGGCCUGAAGCAGGCAUUCGGGGUGGACAUCGUGGGCAAAAUCCCCGCGGGGCUGGUGCCCCCGAUGGCCCCCAGCCCCCAGCUGUUUGCAAAGCUCCUGGGCAAUGCCUUCGCCAUCGCUGUGGUCGGGUUCGCAAUCGCCAUCUCGCUGGGCAAGAUCUUCGCCUUGAGGCACGGCUACCGGGUGUAUAGCAACCAGGAGCUGGUAGCUCUCGGCCUCAGUAACCUCAUCGGGGGCAUCUUCCGGUGCUUCCCUGUGAGCUGCUCUAUGUCUCGGAGCCUGGUACAGGAGAGCACUGGGGGCAACACACAGGUGGCUGGAGCCAUCUCCUCCCUCUUCAUCCUCAUUAUCAUCGUCAAACUGGGAGAACUCUUCCAAGACCUGCCCAAGGCGGUCCUGGCUGCCGUGGUCAUCGUGAACUUGAAGGGCAUGGUGAUGCAGUUCACUGAUGUGUUCUCCCUCUGGAAGGCCAAUCGAGUGGAUCUGCUCAUCUGGGUGGUGACCUUCGUGGCCACCAUCCUGCUGAAUCUGGACCUCGGCCUGGCCGUAGCCGUAGUAUUCUCCCUGAUGCUUGUGGUGGUCCGCACCCAGAUGCCCCACUACUCUGUCCUGGGGCAGGUGCCAGACACGGAUAUUUACAGAGACGUGGCAGAGUACUCAGGGGCCAGGGAGGUCCCAGGCGUGAAGGUCUUCCGCUCCUCGGUCACCGUGUACUUUGCCAACGCUGAGCUCUACAGUGACUCACUGAAGCAGAGGUGCGGUGUGGAUGUGGACUGCCUCCUCUCUCAGAAGAAGAAGCUGCUUCGGAAGCAAGACCUGAAGCUGAAGCGACUGCAGAAGGAGAAUAAGACCCCCAAACAGGCUGCCACCUCCAAGGACACCUCCAUCUCCAUCAACGUCAACGCCAGUGUCGUGGACAUCGAGAGCAACAAUGAUGUGGAGGGCUCCAAGGCCAAGGAGGCGAGCACAGGGACUGAGCUAGAGGAUACAGGAGCCUGGGCUCCAGAAGAUGCCAAAGCCUCAGACAUGUCCUCACUGAAGGCCCUGGGCCUGCCUCAGCCAGAUUUCCACACCCUCAUCCUGGACCUGAGCUCCUUCUCCUUCGUGGACACUGUGUGUCUCAAGAGCCUGAAGAAUAUUUUCCGCGACUUCAGGGAGAUCGAGGUGGAGGUGUACAUAGCCGCCUGCCAAGCUCCCGUGAUCACGCAGCUUGAGGAUGGGCACUUCUUCGAUGCUUCUAUCACCAAGCAGCAUCUCUUUGCCUCCAUCCAUGACGCUGUCCUCUUUGCACUCCAACACCGGAGGUCCGGCCCCGUCGACCCUGUUUUGGUUACCAAACUCUGA